AUGGCGACAGACAGUGCCGUCGGCUACGAAGACUUUGUUGAGCUUAAGAGCCACUUAAGUGAAAUGAAUGGAUCAAUCGGAAAUGCUUUCCCGGAUACAAAUGGUCUUUUGGACAGUAAAAAGGUUGAUGAACUCACGAAUGCAGCUACAGUCAAUGUCAACGCACUAUCUGAUAAUGGAAGUAACUCCAGCUUCACAGCUGGGGAGAGCAGUAACGGAUUCAGUACUCCGGGAAAUAAUGGUGCCGAGCCUAUUGCCGUCAUAGGUAUGGGAAUGAGGCUACCUGGCGCCGUUCAUGACUCCGAAUCCCUUUGGGAAGCGCUUGUCAAUAAGAAGAAUGCUCGUUGCCGCGUUCCAAGCGAUCGAUAUAAUGUUGACGCGUUUUACAACCCCUCCCGUAAACCACAAAGCGUGGGCACAGAUUCUGGGUACUUCUUGGAAGAUGUCAAUCUUGACGACUUCGAUGCUGGUUUUUUCAAUCUAGGCAAGAAAGAGCUUGACAGGCUGGACCCGCAGCAACGGCUUCUUAUGGAGGUUGUUUGGGAGUGCUUAGAAAACGCAGGGGAAACAAAUUGGCGAGGGAACAACAUCGGUUGCUACAUAGGUGUUUUCGGAGAAGAUUGGCUCGAGACACAACUGAGAGAUACUCUGGAAAUGGGCCCCUACAGAAUCACUGGCCAUGGAGACUAUGUUCUUGCAAAUCGAAUUUCGUACGAGUUCGACUUCAAAGGUCCUAGUUUAGUCGUCAAAACUGGCUGCUCUUCAGCUCUGAUAGGAUUGCACAUGGCUUGCGAUGCAUUGAGAAACGGUGAUUGCACAGCAGCUGUAGUUGCCGGAACGAACCUUAUAUUGACGCCUACAAUGACAAUUGCCAUGACCGAACAAGGGGUUGUCUCGCCCACCGGCACCUGUAAAUCAUUUGAUGCAAGCGCGGACGGAUAUGCAAGGGGCGAAGCAGUAAACUGUGUUUACAUUAAAAAACUCUCCGACGCAAUCGCUGACGGCGAUCCAAUUCGGGGCAUUAUUCGUGCUACAGCGAUAAAUUGUGAUGGCAAGACACCUGGGAUCUCAUAUCCAAGCUCUCAAGCCCAUGAGACUCUCAUUCGAAGAGCCUACAAAGUCGCCGGAAUCAAUGAUGUUUCGCAGACGGCGAUGGUUGAGUGUCAUGGUACGGGAACCCCUAUUGGUGAUCCCUUGGAGACACAGGCAGUGGCACGAGUCUUCGGGGAGAAUGGAGUUCUUAUCGGUUCUGUCAAACCUAAUAUGGGACACUCAGAGGGUGCCUCUGGAUUGACCAGCAUGUUUAAAAUGCUCAUAGCCAUGGAAAAGAAAGCCAUACCUCCAAACAUGCAUUUCAAGAUUCCGAAUCCAAAAAUCCCUUUUAAGGAUGCGAAGCUGUCAGUCCCGGUCGAGGUGUCUCCGUGGCCAGUAGGUCGAGAGGAGAGAGUCAGUGUCAAUUCAUUCGGAAUUGGCGGUUCAAAUGCCCAUGUUGUACUCGACUCCGCAGCGUCGUGGAACGUCGGAAACAAGACUUCUUUGCUGGAGCAAAGCACAUCUUCAAGUCCCGAGCUUCUCGUCUUCUCAGCUAAUCAUCCGGAAUCAUUGAAAAGGUUGACUAAGAACUAUGCCAGCUACAUUCAGACUAAAAGCCCAGUCUUGAGCGACCUUGCUUACACAUUGGCUUUGAGGAGAAACCAUAUGCAAUACCGUUCAAUUUGUGUUGGUGGUUUUGAGGAAUUGACUUUUACCCCUCCCGUCAGAAUUGGUGGUCUUCCUACACUUCUCUUCGUUUUCACAGGCCAAGGCGCGCAGUGGGCAGGAAUGGGAAAAGAGCUUCUCAUCAACUACCCUUCCUUUCGGAAAGAUAUAGGCGCCUUGAACAAGACCCUGGCUCAAUGCGCGCACCCUCCGUCGUGGAAUCUCGAGGAUGAGCUUCUCAAACCUAAGGAGACUAGCCUGAUCAACAGCCCCGAGUUGUCCCAGCCUUUGUGUGUCGCUAUCCAAAUAGCCCUUGUCAAUCUACUUAAACUAUGGAACAUCGAGCCUCAAGGAGUUGUGGGGCAUUCCAGUGGUGAGAUUGCAGCAGCCUAUACCUCGGGAAUUAUCACAGCCGAUGAAGCCAUCAUUAUUGCGUAUUAUCGAGGAUACGUCAUGAAAUCGCAAAAGCUCAAUGGAGGAAUGGCUGCCAUAGGUCUAGGUCAUCAUGAGGUGUCUCCAUAUCUUGUUCCGGGCGUCUUGAUUGCGUGCGAAAACUCGCCUGAUAGCGUCACAAUCUCAGGAGAUGCAGACAAGCUUGAGCAGGUCAUGGCCGCUGUGCAACUUGCAAACCCCGAUAAAUUAGUGCGACGGCUUCGCGUGGACAUGGCAUAUCAUUCUCACCACAUGAAAGCAAUUGGAGAGGAAUACCAAGAUCUGAUCCAGGACAAAGUAUCCAGCAAGAAAUCGAGAAUUCCUUUUUUCUCAACCGUCGAAGUAAAGCCAAUCAGUGAUGCUGGAAAGCUGGACGCAGCCUACUGGAGAUCCAACUUGGAGUCUCCUGUGUUAUUCAGUACUGCCGUGAAAUCUAUACUAGGUCCGGCAGUGCAGAAAAGUGUAUUAGUGGAAAUCGGACCGCAUUCUGCAUUGGCAGGUCCCUUAAGACAAAUAUUCAACAGUACAACGGGAAGCCAUCUCUACACGUCAACUCUUCAAAGGAACGAAAACUGUACAAAGUCAUUCUUAACAGCCGUUGGUCAGUUACAUUGUCUUGGAUUUGACAUCGACUUCUCAACCACAAAUCAAAGUAAAAGAGUCCUUUCCGACCUGCCACAAUACCCAUGGCACUACGAACGAAAAUUCUGGAAUGAGAGUCGCCUCUCAAAGGAGUAUCGACAACUACGCUUCCCCCACCAUGAUAUCCUUGGCUCUCGGGUGGCAGAAAGUAACGAUUUUGCACCAACCUGGCGUAGCUUGCUGAAUUUGGAUAACGUUCCGUGGAUCAAGGACCACAAGAUCCUUACUGAUAUCGUUUUCCCUGCGGCUGGCUACAUUGCUCUGAUAGCAGAGGCUAUCCGCCAGCUCACAGGUAAUGAAGAUUGUACCUUCAGGAACGUGACCCUCUCUUCAGCCCUGGUUCUUGAUGAUUCAAAAAAUACAGAGAUAAUGACCAGUCUUCAUCCUAGUCGACUCACCGUAUCGCUAGACUCUGACUGGUACGACUUUACAAUUUCAUCGUAUGAUGGUACUUCAUGGACAAAAAAUUGUGUUGGUCAAGCCCGAAAAGGUUUCGAGACAGAUUCAGUAGACAUCGCAAAGCUCGAUGGUUUACCAAGACAGGUUGUCUCCGGCUCGUGGUAUCAAGCAAUGCGCAGAGUAGGAUUGAACUACGGGCCAAUUUUCAGCACCCUAAAUGAUAUUACUGCGGGGGUGAAGGAGAACACAGCAGUUGCAAUUGUGCCUUGUGCAAAUCAAAGCGAUGAGUCCCCAUAUUGUCUGCACCCGGCAACACUAGAUCCUUGCUUCCAGUUGGUGAGCACUGCUCUCGCCAAUGGUCAAUCUCGGAACCUCACUCAACUGUGUUUGCCCACUUCUAUAGAGUACCUUUCCAUACGGAAAUGCUCUUCCGAGGUUCGCAUGUUUGCAGAGACGAUACCAGCGAGAAAAGGUGUCGUCAUCGGAAACGCAUUUGGGGCAACCGAUGGACAAACAGUGCUAAGACUAAAAGGCUUGAGACUAUCUCCAGUGGAAGGCGAUGCCGUUGACCUAGACCCGCAUGCUGGCAUACAGUUGGAGUGGAAGCCCGAUAUUGAAUUCCUUGAAACGAAGGACUUGAUACAAAACGUAAAGAACGUGAGAGUUUCGCAUAUGCUUGGGGAGAAACUUACCGCCCUAUGCAUUCUUGAGACAAGUUCUCAGAAGAAUAAAAUUGAGGCCCAACAAGCUCAUCUUGGGCGCUUUCUUGAGUGGAUCGAUCAACAGAAAGAUCGCAUUGAAACCAACCAGUAUCCGUUGGUAGAUGGACUUGAAAGUCUUGUAAAGCUCAACGAUUCGGAUAGAAUGAAGCUAAUUGAGCAGACUUCUAUCGAGCUACAAAGUACUGAGUCAGCAGCAGCGGGCACAGCACUCUUGCGAAUUAUUCAAAACCUCGGAGGAAUCAUCACUGGGGAAGUAAAUCCUCUCGAGCUCUUGAUGAAAGAUGAUGUCCUCACUCAAAUCUACGACUUUGCUGGUUUGUGGGACUACUCGAAGUAUUUUAGCGCCCUGUCUCAUAACAAGCCACACUUAAGGAUCUUGGAGGUCGGUGCAGGUACUGGAGGAACGACGGAGAUUGUUCUGAACAACCUACAGUCUCGCUUCGGUGAGAGAAUGUACGGGAAUUACACCUUCACAGACAUAUCUGCCGGAUUCUUUGGCCCUGCGAAAGAGAGAUUCCAAAAUUAUUCUGCGAUAGACUACACUGUCUUAGACAUCAGCAAGGAUCCUCUCUUGCAGGGGUUCGAGGCUCAUUCUUAUGAUCUAAUCAUUGCCACAAAUGUUAUACAUGCCACUCCUGUUCUGGGCGAAUCUCUAUCCAACAUUCACAAGCUCCUGCAUCCUGACGGAUCUCUCUUCCUCCAGGAGAUAUGUCCUAAUACCAAAUGGGUCAACUUCAUUAUGGGACUAUUUGAAGGCUGGUGGCUUGGUGCAGCUGAUAAAAGACCAGAUCAGCCAUUUGUCUCUCCAGCGAGAUGGGACGAAGAACUUAAGAAGUCUGGAUUUUCGGGAGCAGAGACUGUACUCUAUGACGACGAAGUGCCUUACCAGGUCAACGCAAACAUAUUUUCUAAGCCCAUUACUGCCAAGAAAGAGCUCCCAGGCAGCAAAAGUGUGACGAUACUGUGUGGUAAAUCCGGCGUUGAGGUCGAACAGUUGGAAGCUCAUUUGAAAGAUCGUGGGUAUCGUACUGGGAUCGUUCACUUCCCUGAAUUGCCACCAGCCAACCAAGAUGUGAUCUCGGUCUUGGAUUUAGAAGAACCUUUCUUUCCAAGUAUAGAAGGGGAAAAGCUAGCCGACUUCUUGAGUUAUGCAACUCAUCUUCAGACCGAGAAUAUAGGGACGUUGUGGGUAACGAAGCCUUCCCAGAUCUUAUGCGAAGAUCCCGCCUACUCUCAAGUUAUUGGACUUGCGAGAACCAUUCGGUCAGAAGUAGGAGCUUCAUUUGCAACCUUGGAGGUAGACAGCUUUACAUCCGGUUGGGAUAAAGUCAUUGAUGUGUUUGUUAAAUUUCAACACCGAACUAAGGAGGAAGAUGUCGAUUCGGACAUGGAAUUUGCAAUUUCGAAAAAUGUGAUCUACACCAGCCGCUUCCACUGGAUAUCUGUUUCCAAGGAGUUGUCCCAGGCGUCAACCGCAAAUCUACCCAAAAGGUUGGAGGUUGAAAAGAAGGGUUCUCUUGAUACGCUUCAUUGGCUUCAAUUUGAUCCAAGUUUGUUGGGCCCUAACGAAGUCGAGGUUGAAACACGCGCUAUAGGAAUGAACUUCAAGGAUGUUUUGAUCUCCAUGGGCAUCGUCGAUGCUCAGAGGAUUGAUAGCUCUGGCCUUGGCUGUGAAUGCGCAGGUUUCAUCCGCAGGGUUGGUAGCAAUGUUCAUAAUCUAGUCGCCGGUGAUCGUGUCGUUGUUCAGGCGACGGGCACUUUGGAAACGACUGUAAAGGCAAAUUCGAAACUCUGCGUAAAGAUACCAGAUAGUCUUUCAUUUGAAGAUGCUGCGACAAUGCCAGUGGUCUAUGGUACAGUCGUCCAUUCUUUACUAGAUCUAGGUCGAAUGGAGAAGGGUCAGACGGUGUUGAUUCACUCUGCUGCUGGCGGUGUUGGAAUCGCUGCAAUUCAAGUUUCUCAAUGGGCUGGUGCUGAAAUAUUUGUGACGGUGGGGAAUGAAGACAAGGCAAAAUAUCUUGUCGAAACAUUUGGCAUUCCUCGAAGUCAUAUCUUCCAUUCAAGAGAUGCGUCAUUUUUACCGGAUAUUUUGAAAGCAACCAAUGGAAAAGGUGUCGAUAUGGUCCUCAACUCAUUAUCAGGAGACUUGCUUCAUGCGUCUUGGCAAUGUGUGGCCCAAUAUGGAAAAAUGCUCGAGAUUGGGAAGAGGGAUUUCAUAGGCCAGGGAAAACUUGGGAUGAGUCUUUUCGAAGCCAACCGUUCCUUCUUUGGCAUUGAUCUUGCCGUUAUGGCUGAGGAGCGACCAGAUGUUAUACACAGACUCCUCAAGAAAGUACUCCAGCUAUACGAGCAAGGAGCUAUCAAGCCCAUCAGACCUAUUAAGAUAUUUGACGCUACUGAUAUCAAAGCAGCAUUCCGUUAUAUGCAAAAAGGACAGCAUAUGGGGAAGAUUGUAUUGAGAAUGCCGCUUGAUCACGGAGACCUUUUGACGAAUUUGGCCCCCUCCAAAUUGGUACUUCGAUCGGAUGCUUCGUACUUGAUGAUUGGAGGUUUGGGAGGUCUUGGAAAGGCGAUAUCGACUUGGAUGGCAGAACAUGGCGCGCGGAAUCUAAUCUUCCUUUCACGAUCAGCUGGGAAAUCAGAGAGUCAUAAGCAAUUCUUUCGCGAACUGGAAACCUAUGGGUGUUCAGUUCAGGCUUUUGCUGGAAGUGUGUCUGUUCUGGCAGAUGUCGAGAACAUGAUUAAAAAUGCGACAUUGCCGAUCGCAGGUGUGAUGCAAAUGUCGAUGGUCUUAAGGGAUCGUUCUUUUGCCCAAUUUUCCAUCGAAGACUGGAACGCCGUGGUUGCACCGAAGGUUGAAGGGACCUGGUGCCUACACAACGCCUUGGAUAAUCACGCCUUGGACUUCUUCAUUCUUUUCAGUUCCUUCUCGGGACUUGUUGGACAGUGGGGCCAGGCAAAUUAUGCCGCUGCCAACACGUUUCUCGACGCAUUCGUACAAUAUCGACACAGCCUCGGUCUGCCAGCAUCUGUCCUUGAUAUUGGAUGUGUGGUGGAUGCAGGCUACGUAAGUGAGAAUCAAGCAGUCAUGGACACGUUGCUUUCGACAUCGCUCCAUGGAUUACAUCAACAAGAUGUGCUCGAUUCCCUACAUUUGAUGAUGGCACGAUCUUCCCCAUCAUCAAUCGCUCUCCCCGACUCGUUUUCCAACCCGAGCCAGGUGGGUAUCGGCCUUCGCUCGACUAUGCCGAUAACAUCACCUGCAAAUCGCAGUAUCUGGAAGCGUGAUCCUCGAAUGAGCGUGUAUCGCAACCUCGAAUCUGUAGACGCGAGCGCAGCUACAUCAGGGAAUGAAGCGCUGCGACUCUUCCUGGCAUCUGUCAACGAAAAACCUAGCUUGCUUGUCGAGGCCGCAAGUGUCGAGUUUCUCGCUCGGGAGAUAGGCCUCCGUUUGUUCAUAAGUCUCAUGAAGCCUGAGGAAGAUCUUGAUAUCAAGAUGUCCCCGACGGCCCUCGGGCUAGACUCGCUAAUCGCUAUAGAUCUGCGGAACUGGUGGAAGGAAAGCUUCGGGUCGACCGUCACCGUACUCGAGAUGAUGAAUGCUAAAUCUUUCGAAGAGUUGGGCGCACUUGCCGCAAAGAAAUUAUUGGAGAAGCUAUCACCCGAGAACGGCAAAUCAGAUGAAGACAUUGCUAGGGAAUAUCUGGCCAUGAAAGCGCCUUAG